ACACCUCAUUAUUACACAAAGCCGGUGUACUGGGUGUAUGCAGAGCUGAAUUAACAACCAGAGGAAAGCAGGCAACAGCCCUGGGGCACCAGACCUUCAAGGAGGCUCCAAAGCUGACCAUGUUGUUCAGCCCUCCCUGCUCAACAACUGAGACAUUGCAGAACAACAGCACUAAAGUUUAAAAACCUGCUCUGCAUCAUGGGGAACAUUUUUGGAAAUUUGCUGAAGAGCCUCAUAGGAAAGAAGGAGAUGAGAAUCUUGAUGGUGGGGCUUGACGCAGCAGGAAAAACAACAAUCCUAUACAAGCUCAAACUGGGAGAAAUAGUCACCACAAUCCCAACCAUUGGGUUUAAUGUGGAGACAGUGGAGUACAAGAACAUCAGCUUCACUGUGUGGGAUGUAGGUGGGCAGGACAAAAUCCGCCCCCUUUGGAGACACUACUUUCAAAACACACAGGGUUUAAUCUUUGUGGUGGACAGUAAUGACAGAGAGCGUGUGAACGAAGCACGAGAGGAGCUAAUGAGGAUGCUGGCUGAGGAUGAACUGAGAGAUGCGGUCCUCCUUGUUUUCGCCAACAAACAGGACUUGCCAAACGCCAUGAACGCCGCAGAGAUCACAGACAAGUUGGGCUUACACUCCCUGCGCCACCGUAACUGGUACAUCCAGGCCACCUGUGCCACCAGCGGUGACGGCCUCUAUGAGGGCCUUGAUUGGUUGGCCAAUCAACUCAAGAACAAGAAAUAAGAAGAAAACUGGAAACAGCAGCCACACCGGCAUUUUAUUUGUUUUGGGAAUGUGGGUUAGGUUCAAGGGUUUGGGUUGAUAGGUGUAGCAAGCGUCUGUGACUGGAGGAGAUUUUAAGCUUUUUUUUUCAGUCUGUUGAGGUUUCUAAUAGUUUUCAGUGAUUAUUGAAAACAAAUUCUUAUGUACUCAAUAUUUAAUCAUUCCACACACACACACAAAUGCAUACUAACCAUAAGCAGUCACUUCAUACACUUGCUUUUCCUGUGUCCACAUCUUGUCCUUAGGUGCAGAGUGCUGUAUGUUAGUCUCUAGAUGCUGUACCGAGUCGUGUGUGACUCCGCUGAGUCAGCUUGAGUCAUGUAUGACUUUUUUGUUGAUUUAUAUUUUUCAGCUGUCGGUCAUUUAUGAAAAGAAAUGUUCUGUCAGUUGCACUUCCUGUUUUUUUUCCAUAGCCAUUUGUUUUGUUUGGGAGCAGUCACAGCUGGCAGCUCCAUGUCACCAUGAUUCACUUUAAUGCUUUCCUCUCCCUUUGAAUUUGUGAGCAAUGCUGAGGCACUUUGAUACUCAGAUAAAGUGUGUACACGCCUGUGAGUGUGAAAACACACUGUAUGUGUUUGUGCAAGCGACCUAUACAGUAUUAAUGGAGAACAAUUCUGUGAAGGAGACAAAGCCAGCGGGGGUGGAGUUUCCCCUGUCACAUGUUUCUACUCCCUGUGUGGAAGCCUGACCUGCAUACAUCCUGGUAGAUCUCGUUGGCACUGCUGCAUACGUUUCCAUCCUCUGAGCUGCAUGUUGACCAUAGAUUUCCUCUAACUGCCACCAUUUUCUGCAUUAGUUGGCACACAUGCUUAAAAUAGCUUAGUCAGCUUUAUGGUCUUUUAAUGUAAAAGUAGUAUAUAGGUCAACCUGCACCUAAACACAGCGCACAUGACCUGCACAGCUGCUACUUGUCUCUGUCCAUAUGAGUAUUCAAACUGCAUCAGGUUGCUCUCACUUUGUGUGUCCCAGAUGUGCAUAUCGGGGGAUUGCUCUGUCCCUGAAAAUUCUGUGUUGCUGAAUGUGAAUAUCAUCAUGGCUGUAAUGAUAUUUAGUUGACAUGCACAUUCCUUUAUUUCAGUGAUGUGGCAGCAUAAUUAUGUGAAAGAAAAAACAGGGUAUGCAGAUCAGUGUCUUGGUGCGAAUCACUUCUGAACAUUACUGCGUCAGCUGUGGCACCAGCAGAACCCACAGGUUUUUGUUAAUAAAACUAUUUCUGUGUGCCAUACAUGGGUACUACUGAUCAUACACCAGUGACAGUACAACUCUCUGUAUAUCCAGUCCACCAACUUAUCAGUGCACAUCAUUCACAUUUAUCAUCUAUUAUAUGUCAAAUUGUGUGUUUGAUCUUUUGGGUUUUGUGGCCUUAUAUUUAGUGAUGACUUUAAAUUGAUUUCUUCUCAGCUCGUUUGGUUCCAAUUUGGAGUCACAUAUAUUUUAUCUAUAAAGAAUAAGUUACAUAUUCAUUUCUCUAGGCAGAAUUUGCACCACAGUUCAAGAAGGUAUCUUUUGAUUUGCCAGAAUGCUUGAUUCAUAUUUGGUGGUAGAUUUCUUUGGUUCAUUUCAGGGUGAAAAGAAACUUUGAUGUAGACCGUUUGUGAAACGAUGAUAAUCAGUACAAAAAAAGAAAUUUAUUCAUUCUGUACCGUUAUAGUUACACAAGUAGAUUAUAAAAAAACAAAAGGUGAAGACCAUGUUUCAAUGCUGAAUGCAUGGAGACAUCUACAUGUAAUGUAAGACAACUAACAAAAUCCCGCUGUAUUACAAAUAAACCCAUUUUCUGUAUGA